AUGUCUUUUGCUCGUCGCUCGGCCUUGCGGCCAUUGAUCGCCGCUCAAUCCUUCUAUGCUGCUCCGCUCGCCCGGCGAACAGCUCAGUUGGUGAGCCGGCGGUUCUACGCCAGCGGCCACGGAAAUGAGCAUGAUGAGCACCGCAAGAGCGAUCUACCUUGGCUCAUCGGAUCAGUCGGAUUCACCGUCCCAAUGGUCUGGUAUUUGUUACCGUCGGGAUCCGAGAAGAAGGGCCAUGGAGACGAUCAUGGAGAUUCUCACGGUACUGAUCACGCCGAUGGCAAGACAGAGGACCACGAUGAGUCCAACGACACAAAGGAUGCUGAGCAGAAGUCGGAGGAGAAGAAGGAGGUGGAUAAGCCUGCUGAGAAAGCAGAGGAGUCAGAAGCGCCCAAGGCUGAGAAGAAGGAAGAAGAAGAUGCCAAGGGCAGUGAAGACGAUAGUGAGGUAAAGAAGAGUAAGGAAGGCAAGAAGGGAGAUGAAGAGAAGUCGGACAAGGGCACUGAACCUGAGAAAUCAGAGGGAAAGCAAUCUGAAAAGGCAGAUGGUGACAAGGAGUCAUCUGGCGAUAAAGAAUCAAAGUCCGCAGACGAGAAAUCGUCUGACCAGAAGGACUCUGACGAAGAAUCCAAGGGUGACGAGGCCGACAAGAAGAACGACGAUGCGGACGGCAAGAAGUCCGACUCCUCGUAG